AUGGAUGCGCCGGAGCCUGAGCAGACCCCUUUCUCCGCUGUCACAGCCCACACCACCAAAUUGCAAAGACAAUACCAAGCUCUGCUUGACCAGUCUACGCCGUUUGUGCUCUAUCGAUGGAUUGGAACCGGUGUCACCCUGUUCUUCUUCUUCGUGCGCAUUUUCGUCAUUCAGGGAUGGUAUAUUGUUGCCUAUGCCCUCGGCAUUUACCUUCUCAACCUUUUCCUGGCUUUCCUCCAGCCCAAGUUUGACCCCUCCAACGAUGCGAUAGAUCAGGAUAUGGAAGAUGGCGCCGUCGGAACGCUCCCAACGAAGCGGGAUGAGGAGUUCAAACCCUUCAUCAGACGUCUUCCGGAGUUCAAGUUUUGGUACUGGGCGACUCGAGCUGUUGCCAUUUCAUUCUUCUGCACCUUCUUCGAGUUCUUCAAUAUUCCCGUAUUCUGGCCGGUUUUGGUCAUGUACUGGAUUAUUCUCUUUGUCCUGACGAUGCGCAAGCAGAUUCAGCAUAUGGUCAAGUACCGAUAUGUUCCUUUCACCAUGGGCAAGAAGAACUACAACAAGAACAGCUCUUAA